GCUCGAUGCCUAACGACGACUCAUUCAGCAAGCCCUCUACACCGACGGCGGAGGUCCCCCACGCUCCGGGAGCCCCGCCGCAGGGCAAAGCCGGCGGCUACGGUAAAGCGGCAGGGGCGAUGGCGGGGGCGGCCGGCGGCUCCGGCGUGGGGGGCAGCGGAGGCGCCUCGGGCUCCGGGCCGUCGGGCCUGGGCUCUGGGAGCAAGAAGUCCCCGAGGCUGCCCAAGUGCGCUCGCUGCAGGAACCACGGCUACGCGUCGCCGCUCAAGGGCCACAAGCGCUUCUGCAUGUGGCGGGACUGCCAGUGCAAGAAGUGUAGCCUGAUUGCCGAGCGACAGCGCGUGAUGGCGGCGCAGGUUGCCCUGAGAAGACAGCAGGCCCAGGAAGAGGAACUGGGCAUCAGCCACCCCAUCCCGCUGCCCAGUGCAGCCGAGCUGCUCGUCAAGAGAGAGAAUAAUGCCAGCAACCCGUGCCUGAUGGCUGAGUCCAGCAGCUCGGCCCAGCCUCCACCGGCCAGCACACCCACCUCUGCUGCCUCAGAGGGACGCAUGGUCAUCCAGGAUAUUCCUGCUGUCACCAGCAGAGGGCAUGCCGAGAACGCAGCUGACCUGGUGUCUGACCCCGCCUACUACAGCAGCUUUUACCAGCCGUCUCUGUUUCCUUACUACAACAACCUGUACAACUACCCGCAGUACUCCAUGGCUCUGUCUGCUGAGUCCUCCUCUGGGGAUGUGGGAAACCCCCUUGGGGGAUCCCCUGUGAAGAACAGCCUCCGGAGUCUCCCAGCACCUUAUGUGCCUGCGCAGACUGGAAACCAGUGGCAGAUGAAGACCUCAGAGAGCCGCCACCCCGUGAGCUCCCAGUACAGGAUGCACUCUUACUACGGGCCUCCCUCCUACCUGGGCCAGAGCAUGUCCCAGAUCUUCACCUUUGAGGACGGCCCCUCCUACUCAGAAGCCAAAGCAAGCGUGUUCUCACCGCCCAGCAGUCAAGAUUCGGGCUUGGUUUCCCUCUCCAGCAGCUCCCCGAUGAGCACCGAGAGCACCAAGGGAGUUCUGGAAUGUGAAACUGCACCCUCUGAGGCUAGCAGCUACCCUGUCAACCAGGUCCUGGAUGAAGAUGAGGAUGAGUGA